AUGCAGCUCCAAAAAAAAUUGUUACUACCCCUGGUAUUGACCAUGGGAUUGGGAUUGACUCUGGCACAGAUUGUGCCACGAUCAUCUUGGUGCCGAACGCCUUUAUCGCCACGCUUGCCACGCCUUAUGGGACCCGUUCGUUAUAUUAUCAUACACCAUACUGUAACACCGGCUUGCUAUAAUCCAUUCCAAUGUCAGAAUGCAAUACGUCGCAUUCAAUUGGAUCAUCUGCGUCGCCGUUUCCGGGAUAUUGGCUAUAAUUUCCUAAUUGGCGGCGAUGGCCGCAUCUAUGAGGGCCUCGGUUUUGGAAUUCGCGGUGAACAUGCUCCCCAUUAUAAUAGCCAAUCGAUUGGCAUUGCCUUCAUUGGCAAUUUCCAAGCUGGACUUCCACCUCCACAAAUGCUGCAAGCGGCACGCACUCUUAUCCAGAUUGCCGUCCAACGUCGUCAGGUUGUGCCCAAUUAUAUUCUAUUGGGUCAUUGUCAGACUAAGGGCACUCUAUGCCCUGGACAGCAUCUUCUCAAUGAAUUAAAGAAAUGGCCACGAUGGCAAAAGAAGCCUUAA